UGGUUUUGUCAAAGAACAUUGAUGGUUUUGUCCAUUCGUAAACCCCGGUCCCCGGUUAUGCGUUCGUCCGGGAGCAAUACAUUGGGGUCUUUAAUGGAGCGCCUUUACAAAAGGACGAAAGGGCGCUGAAUCAGUAGGUGAUAGCAGCACCUUGUCGUUUCGUAUUAGUUUUCCUCCUUCAGCGGCCGUAAUGGACACGAACGCAAAGAUGCGUGAUCUCCUGGCAGAUAUAUCGAAGUUCAACGCACAGACAGCCGGUAGGGACAAAUUAUUUCGGCUCCUGCAGUACAGUAGUCGGUUCUUAUGGUACUGGCUGCAGAAAAAAUCAAAUCGAAGGGACACUGUGGCCCGCCUUCAGAACCUGGAGGUGACGUUCAGCUCGGGGCGAAGGCUGCUGCGGCUUGGACGCGUUGUGGGCGCACUUCAUGGUGCAACCCGCACAAUCAGCCUUUCAGAUGUGUCGCUGCGCCUCAGCCUGACCAUGGCCCGUAUUGGCAAUGCUUUUUACAUUUUGACGGACAACCUAGUUUGGCUUCACCAAGUUGGCUUGCUGACAUUGCGCCGGGAUGCCUGGAGCCGCACAAGCAAUAAGUUUUGGCUGCUGGCCAUCGUGGCUGCACUCAUACGCGAUCUGAUCGAGCUGUACCAGAUACUGCCAAUGCUCUUAACUGCACCAUCCAAAGGCAGCAGCCUGAGGAGCUCGCUUCGCAUUCUGUGGGCCUCGGCGAGCUUCCACAAGGCACUUCUGCUUGACCUGGUCAAGAACUUUGCAGACCUGUGGAUACCUUACACGGCACUGGGGCAUGCCAGACUUGAACCAGGGACAGUUGGGCUGCUGGGUGUUAUCUCCAGUGCAGCUGCUAUUUUGCCCAUGCUGGAUUCAACAUUUUCACUCAUCCCAGCGUGAAGUGUGCGUGUGACAGGUAUUUGCUCCUACAGAUGAAAGCAAAUAGUGGCUGUGGUUUGCCGAGUGGAACAUCUUCUGAAAAUGCUGAACUUCGGGACGUAACUUGCUGUUGCAAAUUGCAAUUUUGUGAAUGCGAAAUGACAGCUCCUCUUUUGUGGCAUUAUCUUCAGAAGUCAGAAACAUCGUAAAAAUAGUAGGUUCACCUGCUUUCCUGAAGGUACACAAUCAAUUAUGUUAUGCAUUAGUUGUUGCUCGUUUGUUAGCGCUGUCAGAUGGAAUAAAACCGCUUAUGUUAGGCU